GAAUAUGCUUCUGCUGGGUCAUUGUAUGACUAUAUUAAUAGCAACAGAAGUGAAGAAAUGGACAUGGAUCAUAUAAUGACCUGGGCAAUGGAUAUAGCUAAAGGAAUGCAUUAUUUGCAUAUGGAGGCUCCAGUCAAAGUAAUCCAUAGAGAUCUGAAGUCCCGGAAUGUUGUUAUAGCUGGUGAUGGAGUAUUGAAGAUUUGUGAUUUUGGGGCUUCAAGAUUUCAUUCCCAUACAACACACAUGUCCCUGGUUGGUACUUUUCCUUGGAUGGCUCCAGAAGUAAUACAGAGUCUCCCAAUAUCAGAAACAUGUGAUACAUAUUCAUAUGGUGUGGUUCUCUGGGAGAUGCUAACAAGGGAAGUCCCCUUUAAAGGCUUGGAAGGAUUACAAGUAGCUUGGCUUGUAGUGGAAAAAAACGAGAGACUGACCAUUCCAAGCAGCUGUCCUGGGAGCUUUGCAGAAUUGAUGCUCCAAUGUUGGGAAGCAGACCCAAAGAAAAAUCCAUCUUUCACAUAAAUCAUUAGGAUAAUAAACUCUUUAUUUAACUCUACUAAUAUUCUAUGGCAGUGUUUUUCAACCUUUUUUGUGUACAAUUUAACAGAUUUCCCUCUAUUUAGAUGUGAAAUCGAGGCCACCUUAGAAAGGCUGAAGAGAUUGGAACGUGAUCUGAGCUUUAAGGAACAGGAACUCAAGGAAAGGGAAAAACGCUUGAGAAUGUGGGAGCAGAAGCUAACUGAACAAUCCAACACACCGUUUUGCUUCCCUUUUGCUGCCAGAAUGUCUGAGGCAUCUUACUUUGAAUCUAAAACAGCGGAAUCAAACAGUGCAGAGAUGUCAUGUCAGAUUACCGCCACGAGUAAUGGGGAGGUAGCUGGCAUGAACCAGAGUCUGAAGGCCUUGAUGAUGCAAGGUUUUGGGGAUGUCUUCUCUAUGAAUGAAGCAGGAUCCGCCCUGCAUUCUGGAAUGCAGAUCAAUAUGCAAGCCAAAAAGAAUUCUUCCAAAACCACCUCUAUGAGAAAAGGGAAGAAGGUCAACCUGGCGCUGGGGUUCCAUGAAUUCGACUUAUCUAAUGAGGAUGAUGAGGAUGAUGAUACCGAUGAGGAGAUCGAUUUUGAGGAUGACAGUGAUUAGCAGUAAAGGAAAGCUGUGAGGACUCUAGUCUGGCAUCUGUUACAAAAGGGAGAGAAAGAAGAACAUUGAGAAAAAAAAUAUCCUAUGUUUUUCAUUGCUGAGUAAGAACAGAGCACCAUUUUGUUGCACAGAACCAUUUUGUUUUCCUAUUUGUGAGAAAUCAUGUUCCUUAUGUUUAUACCCUCUAUGUGGUUUCUUUUUGUUUUGUUUUUUGCUUUAAAAUUUAGAAUUAAUUUAAACAGUUUUGGGUUGUUUAUUUAAGGUUUUUUUUGUUUAUGUUGACCUAUUGUUGACAUCGUUAUGGCUCAACACUAUGCUAAUGCUGAAACUGCUGGUAUUUUCUUUUAAGUAUCAUUGUUCCUUUCUUCCGUAGGUCUCUUGAGCAGGUUAACAGAUAAAAGUAUAAUUCCAUUUGGGGUUUCCCUGCAUGUUUUAUAGCUGUAAUUCCAAAGAAUCAUACAUAUCAGUGGUGAGAUUCAAAUUUUUUUACUGCCGGUUCUGUGGGCAUGGCUUUGUGGGCGUGGCAGGGGAAAGGAUA